AUGGCUCUUGCUAUCUACCGCCGCUAUUAUUCGUCACUGGCGUUUGCUGACCGCUGGUACUGGACCGUGCCACUGCUCCAGGAAUCCGAGUGGGAGCAGGGCAAGAUCUACGACGAGGAUCCACCAAGCUGUAUCCACUACUUCAUAGAAUGGCGGGUCACCGUCAACAACAAGGCAGUGGUGAAGGACACGGAAGAAGACCUGGUCUUGGCCCCAAGUGCGUACUGGCAGCUUUUCUUGGAAAAGAAGCUACGGGCUGUCCUUGGACAGAAAUUCUCCCAUGACAGAAGGGUCAGAGCUGAUGACACUGCCAUUGUUGUGUCAGUCAACGACCGUUCCCAGCGUGACCUGACUAAGCGCUUCAACAAGACGGAUGUUGAUUGGAAUUCAAUUGAGAAACAGCUUCGGACGUGGUCGAGUCACUUCUGCCGAGGCAAGAGACUCACACUGAGGAUCAGUUUUAAUUACGUAGAGGAUUGCACUUCUCCACCCGCUGGACGGAAAGUCAAGAAGAGAGGUAAAUCGUCUGCCAUGAAGAGAAUGCUUGGCGAUCGAGAUAUCCAGCUAGACGCUGAAGAAUAUGCAUGUGGUCAGCCAUAUCCUCCUAUCAACAUCAAUGUCCUCCCAUCGCAGUCUCAUCUCCCUGGGUUGGACAUCACGGCUUCCAAGGCUGUUGACUCAGCUGGGCCGAAAGAGACGGGUCUAUUGAAAAUUCCCGGGUUCAAAGACGUAGCUGUCAAAGAAUACGGUGACUGGCUUGCAUCAAGUGUAUCCGAUGAUACCCUCAAGGCUGCAUUUCGGCAAGCGUGCGAUGUAACGCUGUCAGAUGGCUUUGGUCUUGAGCACAUCUACAAGGAUCAAAAUCCGGAAUUCUUCGUCAGCAAGGGGAUCAAACCCGGAAUUGCUCGAACUUUUGUUGAGAACAUUCGUGAAUGGGUUGAAAGCGUGAAGAAAGCUACGCCCGUCCUUGAGGUAAUAUAG